AUGCCUCAACACAAUCCACCCCAUUACUUCAAAGACAACUCGCUGGAAGGCUUUAUCUCCACGUUUGGUGAUUAUGUGGAUAAAAACAAUCGAAUUGUUUAUAACAUGUGGGACUAUUAUGAUUACUAUUAUGAAGAUGAAAAUGCUACGGUGAGAUCAAUUCCGAUUGCUCUUAUUUUGGAAUUACAAGAAGAUCUUUACGUGAUGGAUCAAUUACCGAAAUACAUCCUAUGUAGUGAUUUUACUAAAAUUCCGAAAAAGAAAUAUAGACCUUCUUAUUUGUUCAUUGCCAUUCGAACAAAAGGUUACUGGAUGGAAUUUUCAUUUGCAUUAUUGAAAUUAGGAAAGCUAGGCUCUUGGGUUGAUGAGUCUCGGCUCACAUUCCUGUACCACUCGAAUGAUCACUCCUCUCGAAGUUAUUCCAUUACCGACCAAUUAGACAGCAUUUACAUUUCGUACUGCGACGAAAAGCAAAUGAAGUUUCUAGUUGGACUUGAACUCCAAUUUGGCUUGGUGCUGAAUGAACAAGAUGUGAAAAAAUCCACGUUUCAUUAUAGUGAGACGAAUGAUCAUUUAUUGCUACGAUAUCAUCGUAUUUGGGGUGACACAGUUUUCUGUCGUAACAAUGAAAGGACCUAUUAUCACAUUGUGUUGCAGUAUCAUUGGAUUCACACUCAUGGAGCUUCUAGAACUACAGAUUUAAUUCGUGUUUCUACUCGAUCUGAAACCAAUGCAACAUCAAAUGUUGAACAAUUGAUAUGUCUGAAAGAUGAGGCUGUUCAAUAUGCAGUACUUAUGGAAAAAGGAGACUCUAUGGAAAUGAGACAUGAUCAACAAGAUGAUGCACAAUGCAAAGAAUUUUAUAUUAUCUUGUCUUGUCAAAAGUCAAACAAUAAGAACACCAAUGCCAUCUAUAAGGUUUAUGUCCCAAAGAACGAAUCACCUUCUAAAAUACCUGUUUACUUUACUAAUUUUGAAAAGUAUUUUGUGGACGAACAGCAUCAUUAUAAUUUAGAAAUUGUCUCUUAUUGCAAAUUAACUUGCAACAAAUAUUUGGUAAUGGCAUUUUGUAAAUCUAGGCGACACAGUAUCGACAAGAUAACCUCAUUUGAACAAUUAUUUACAGACCGAACCAUGUGGCUCUUGAUUGACGUCCACACACAUCACAUCAAACAGGUUUUCCCAAGAGUUUAUGAUUUGGCAGCACAACAACGAAAAAACAAAGAUGAGUUUACAACCGUUACAAAACGUAAGAGAGGAGGAAGGUUUGCAAUUUCAAGACGAUCCGAAUGUGAAGAUGGAGAUUUAAAUGGAGGUUAUUCCAAUGUGACUCUGCUAAAACAAAUUAAGAAUUUGAAAGGAGUGAAUGAUAAGGAUUAUGAACAUCAAGACACUCUCGAUCCAGAGUCAGAAAAUAAUAACAUGUUCGAUCAACACAAGAUUUCUUCGAAUAUUCCUUCUUUGAAUCGAGUUUCGUUGAAAGCAU